AUGUCCACAUCAAUAGAAGACAAUCUGCAACAACAAAAUGAAGAGAUAUUUGCUUUAACAACAGUUUUCCCGGAUGUUGUUAAUGUUGACGAGGCUACACGAACGGUUUAUGUAAAAUUAGACUGCGAAGUGGAACUUAAAUUCAAUUUACCAGCUUCUUAUCCUUCAGAGUAAGUUUUUAACUUGUUUUUUUGUGAUUUUAGAUUGGUUGUGAAUACGGUUUUGAGAGAAAAGGUUAGUUAAAAGGUUUUUUUCUGUUUUGGUAAUGGAUAAAAUAACAUAAUUAAUGGUUUUUGAAAAAGUUAAGCGUAAAAGACGAAGUUUUUUGUUAUAAUAAGCUGUAGCAGGUUUUUCUGAAGCUAAUGAUAUUAAUUUUGAAUUGAUUAGGUUUUAAAUUUCCUUUAAAAGCCUUUUUGUCCAGCUCACCACCAGAACACCAUGUUAUAGUCCCUGCUUUUAUGACAGAACUCCAAAGAAAGCUGAUUGAUCAAUUCAGAACAGACUACAACGAUUUUAAAGGAAUACCGGUGAUAUGUCAAUGCAUUGUGACAGCACAAAACAUUGUAGAAGAUUACAAAAAGAAUUUGGAAGCAAAACCCCAGACCAAUGACAAUAUUGAGGAAGAACGUAGAGAAUCCGAAGGAAUCAGAGCUAAUAACAUUGGUAGAAGCUGUAUUAGUUCAAGAAGAUACGACUGGAUGAGUGGAGAAUGUUUUGAAGAUCGUAAAAGUGUUUUUCAGGCACAUAUUGUUAAUGUACAUACUAAGGAUGAGGUAGGUGUUUUGUUUUUAUGUUUUUGGAUUUUAGGUAUAAAUUUGAGGCAGCUGGAUGUUUAUUUGAGCUAGCAAAGAUAAUAAGGAAGCUGUCGAUAUUAAGUUCGGCUUUUAGAAGUUGUAAUUUCUAUUUUUAUGAACAAAAACAGUAUACCUGUCUAGUGUAAUAUAAUUUUUUGCUUUUUAUUCAAACUCUUUCUUUAUAGCCAAUGGAAGCCUUGUCUCAACUAUUGGAAAACAGUAAAAUAGCACGUGCCACACACAAUAUGUACGCAUACAUCAUCAAACUACCCAAUGGUAUUGAGUUAUCGGACUGUGAAGAUGAUGGAGAGAAGGCGGCUGGCCCAAAGCUAUUACACAUGCUAAAGCUGAUGAAUAUGGAAAACCAGAUGAUUGUGAUAACAAGAUGGUACGGUGGAAUACAUUUGGGACCAGAUCGGUUUAGACACAUUUGUAAUUUGGCCAGGAAGAUAUUGGUACAAUAUCGAGAGGAAAAUGGUACUAAAAUUGGGAAAAAAUCAAAGAAAAAUGGAAAAUAA